GUUUUUCAUCGAAAUCCCUCCCCACCUUUUUUAAAACAUAGGUUUCCUCCAUCUCCGCCUCGUCUUCUUUCUCUCUGAUUCUACUCCGGCAAUGCCUUGCAGCGCCGUUCGAGAGCUUACAGUUCUAACUGAGUUCAAGCCAUUUGGCUUGACUGCCGAAGCCCUCGACGGCUGCAAACACUCUGACGACGACUACCAUUACUUCCUUUUCGAUCCCCAGCUUGCCCUGCAGAGAGAUGAGGCCGAGGAGCUUGAUGAUGCUUCCUCAUUGUGCAGUGUGAGGGGUGAUCACGAACUUUUCAUAAGAGGAAAUCGAGUCAUAUGGAGUACAGGCCCCAGAAUUCAUCGGAGGUUCACAUUGCCAUCCAAAGUCGUCAAGGUAUGCUGGUGCCGGAUGGGUCAUCUGUCUGAAGCCUUACUUUGUGUUCUCCAAGUUAAUAGUUUAACAAUCUAUGGGAUGGCAGGUGAAGUGGUCUCUGUCCCGCUUCCUCAUGCCAUCACGUCAAUAUGGUCUCUUCCGUUCGGUUUACUUCUCCAGCAGGCACCCGUAGAGAGCUUACUAACAAAAAGAGGGAAAUUAAAUGUAAUGUGGGAAUUUGAUGAAAAAACCAUUUGGACUAGUCACUGUGUGCCUCUGAUGGUUUCAUAUAACAAAGGAAAGAUGCAACACUCGCUAUGGGUAGUAGAGGUCAAUAACUCCAACCUUGAAGUAGCAAAUUCUAAAGCAUCCAACAUAAGUGCCUCUCAAAUGUCAGGAAAACAUCUUUUCAGAAGGAUAUGGCAGGGGAAGGGUUUACAAACUGCAGCCAGUAAGGUAUUUCUGGCCGCUGAUGAUGAUGCUACACCUAUUGUGUGUUUUCUCCUCCAAGAACCAAAAAAGUUGUUGUCUUUACGACUUCAGAGCCUGGAAUUAAAUAGCGAGACAGUCUACGAUAUAAAGCCUGAAAUGAGCUGGAGCAUAUCAGCAGUUGCUGCUGCCGCCGUCACUGUCACUCGACCUAAAGCGAGAGUGAGAGUGGGACAACUUCCAGUUAGCGAUGUUAUUGCUUUGACUCCAGAAAGCACUCUUCUGCUUUAUAUGGGAAAAAUAUGCUUGUGCAAAUAUGUUUUGCCUUCCCCUUUGAGUAAAGUACGAUAUUUCAGCAGAAUGGAGGUUUCGGGAACCAAUGAACCCGUACAUGAUUUAAAGAUCGUGGAUUUAGUUGAUGCUGUAGAAGGGCGCAUCAACAUAGUUCUGGACAAUGGACAGAAAUACAGGUGUACAUUACGACGUAGUCCUUCAUCAUCUCUAACUAAUGAUUGUAUCACAGCAAUGGCUGAGGGGCUGAAUUCUAGUUUGUAUAAUCACUUCCUAGGGCUUUUAUGGGGUGAUGAUGAUUCGACUUACUUAGCUAUGGCGAAUUCUCACGCUGAUGCAGAAUGGGAGUCCUUCUGUAAUGUGAUAACAAAAAUGUGUCAGAAGCCUAGUAAAACUUUUCAGUCACUACAAGAUUCAGUUUCAUGUUCUUCUUGGGAGUUUCUUAUCAGGAGUCAGUAUAAUCACCAAUAUCUGAAAAGUACUUAUCCCUUGCAAGGGUCCGAUUCUUCUGAUGCCGAUUUAGCUGGCACCUGCAAUCAAGAGGAAAGCUGUUACCUCCAACUGCUGACUGAAACAUUAGAUUUGUUGCAUGCAGUAUACGAAACUCUUAAACUUGACAAUCUUCGUAGAAGGGAUUUGGGUCUUUUGGUAGUUCUCUUACAUGCUCUUGCUGCGUUUUUGGAUGAAGCGAACUACUUGGAUCAUUAUAAACGUGAUUUUCCUGGAUUAUUGAAGGACUUUAGGCCAUCUCAUUGCCUGCGUCCUGCAAAAACCCCUCCAAGUUUAGUCAGGUGGCUUGAGAAUUGCUUGCAGUAUGGAUGUGAUUCUGCAAGCAUUUGUGAUCUUCCACUUCUGAUGUGCAAGGAUGGAGCUUCCAUCGUGAACUGGGCCCGCAAGAUUGUUUCCUUUUAUAGUCUUUUGUCUGGUGCAGACAUAUCGGGACAUAGGUUGUCGUCAGGUGUUAUUUGCAAUAUUGCACCUGGGUCACAUCAUACUCGAGAAGAGCUUACAGUUUUGGGAAUGGUUGGUGAAAAGUUUGGAUUGCAGCAUUUAGAUUUGCUACCAGCUGGUGUCUCUCUUCCACUGAGGCAUGCAAUAGAUAAGUGUCGAGAAUCUCCUCCUUCAAAUUGGCCUCCAGCUGCAUAUGUGCUACUUGGUCGUGAAGAUCUAGCAUUGCCGCAUUUGGGAAAUCCAAUGAAAUGUGCCAAACUUGAUUUUGGGAAGUCAAAAUUGAUUUCAGUGUCUACACCUUACAUGCUACCCCUGCAUCCUGUGACCAUUCCUUCCUCAGUCUCUGAUACUCUUGAAAUGGAUGUUACCAAGCUAGAGGAUAUGGACUUCUUUGAUGGAUCUGCAGCAGAUGGAAUGGAACAUAUUUUUAACUCUAGCACACAAUUACGUUAUGGUCGUGAUCUGCGGCUGAAUGAGGUUAGACGCCUUUUGUGCUCUGCAAGACCCGUAGCUAUUCAGACACCUGCUAACCCUACAGCGUCUGAUCAGGACUUCCAACAGACUCAGCUAUGGCAUCUCGCACAAAGAACAACGGCUCUUCCAUUUGGCCGUGGGGCAUUUACGCUGGGUACUACCUGUACUCUCUUAACCGAGGCACUUGCUGUUCCAAAACUUGUUUUGGCUGGUCGUUUGCCUGCACAACAAAAUGCAACAGUUAAUCUGGAUCCAAACAUUAGAAAUAUUCAAGAACUUAAAUCUUGGCCCGAAUUCCACAAUGCUGUUGCUUCUGGCUUGAGACUAUCUCCUCUCCAGGGGAAAAUGUCAAGAACAUGGAUUCUUUACAACAAACCAGAUGAGCCUAAUGUUACUCAUGCAGGGCUGCUUCUUGCUUUGGGUUUGCAUGGGCAUCUUCGUGUCCUAACCAUUACCGAUAUUUUCCAGUAUUAUUCACAGGAACAUGAAAGCACCACAGUAGGAUUGAUGAUUGGCCUUGCAGCUUCACAUAGAGGCACCAUGCAGCCAUCAAUUUCGAAGUCUCUAUACGUACAUUUGCCUUCCCGCCAUCCAUCUUCCUUUCCAGAACUAGAACUGCCAACUCUUGUACAGUCAGCAGCACUUAUAUCAGUUGGGCUUCUUUACGAGGGAUCAGCGCACCCACAAACAAUGAAAAUUCUUCUGAUCAUAUCUAAACUUGGAAUGGCUGUGAAAGCAGAGCCUUCCUUCCUUCCUUUGGGGGGUGGGACUGAAAUAGGACGGAGAAGUGGAGGAGAUAACGUACUUGAAAGGGAGGGGUACUCAGUUGCAGCAGGAUUUUCACUAGGGCUUGUUGCGUUGGGUCGUGGUGAAGAUGCUAUUGGCUCCACGGGCACCCUCGUGGAUCGCUUGUUCCACUACAUUAAUGGCAAGGAACUCAAUAAUGAUAGCCUCCAUCUUUUCUCAUCAUCAGCUGAUGAGCACAGUCGAAAUGCUGGACAGAUUAUUGAUGGGAAUGUACUGAACAUUGACGUUACUGCACCAGGGGCCGUAAUUGCUCUGGCAUUGAUGUAUUUGAAGACGGAAUCUGAGAUGGUAGUAUCUCGGCUGUCUAUCCCCCAAACUCAGUUUCAGUUGCAGUACGUGAGGCCUGAUUUUAUAGUGCUCCGUGUAAUUGCUCGGAAUUUGAUAAUGUGGAGCAGAAUUCAUCCAUCAGAAGACUGGAUCAAGUCACAGAUACCUGAAGUUGUUAGAAGUGGCGUAAAGGGCCUUGGAGAUGAGAUUGAUGAUAUAUAUGAGAUGGAUGCUGAAGCCUUCGUUCAAGCAUAUGCAAAUAUAGUGGUUGGAGCAUGCAUUUCUCUAGGGUUGCGAUUUGCUGGUACAAGAGACGGAAAUGCACAAGAAGUGCUUUACAAAUAUUCUCUAUACUUUCUGAAUGAGAUAAAACCAGUUUCUGUUUCCAAUGGCAAUGAUUUUCCAAAAGGACUAUCUCGUUAUGUUGAUCGUGGGACAUUGGAGACAUGUCUUCAUCUGACCGUUCUUUCCCUAUGUGUGGUAAUGGCUGGAUCAGGUCAUCUACAGACCUUCAGAUUCCUCAAAUUUCUUCGAAAUCGUAAUACUGCUGAUGGCCAUGCUUAUUUUGGUACUCAAAUGGCGGUAAGCCUGGCAAUUGGUUUCCUGUUCCUUGGGGGUGGAAUGUGGACCUUUUCCACUAGCAACAGUUCAGUUGCCGCUUUGUUGAUAGCACUUUAUCCAAGGUUGCCUACCGGCCCAAAUGACAAUCGAUGCCAUCUUCAGGCAUUCAGGCACUUGUAUGUUCUUGCUGCCGAAGCCCGUUGGAUUCAGACGGUUGACGUGGAUACAGGUUUACCUGUUUAUGUCCCACUGGAAGUUGCAAUUAACGAAACUGAGCUCUACAAUGAAACAAGUUUUUGUGAGGUCACUCCAUGCAGUCUCCCAGAACGUGAUAUUUUAAAAUCUGUUCGUGUCUGUGGUCCUCGAUACUGGCCUCAGGUUAUUGAGCUUUGUCCUGAGGAAAAAGGUUGGUGGAAAUCUGGGGACCAGCACCACCCAUUUAAUUCAGGUGUUAUAUAUGUCAAGAGAAAAGUCGGAGCUUGUUCUUAUGCGGAUGAUCCCAUAGGAAGUCAAUCUUUGCUAUCACGAGCAUUGCACAAGAUGAGUGCCUUGACUCAACCAAAUUCCUGCAUGUCAAGUGCUGAGUGUACAGCUGAUGUCACAGUGGAUCAGUUGGUCAGUACCUUCUCAUCGGAUCCGAGCUUAAUUGCUUUCGCUCAACACUUUUGUGACUCGUCCCGAAGUAGCAAAUCUGAGCUUGACUUCCGUGAAUUUUGCCUGCGAGUGUUAUUUGAGUGUGUCAGCAAGGACAGACCGACUAUGUUACAGGUUUAUUUGUCAUUGUACACUGCAGUCGGGUGCAUGGUGGAUUCAGUGUUGUCUGGAUGUUGCAGCAUUCCCACUGAUUCUCUUGCCCUCUCGAGUUUGAAGAUUGCAGUAGCCUACAACAAGGCUCUUGCUAACGGAAGACUGUCAACUUCUGGAACGGAAAUCGUGCAAUCAUCUUUUCUAGGCUCCCUCAAGAAACGAGUGGAUGAUCUCAUAAACUGUUCUCUAAACUUGGAAACUGAUUUUUGCGCUUAUGCUAUGUCAGGAAAGUUGCCAAUCGAUGAUAACCCCGGUUCAAUAAAGUCUCGGGCAGUUUUUUCAUGGUACCUCAAGUGGUAUGAUUUGCCAUCACCACUGGAUGUUAGAAAAGCUGUUGAGAAGAUUAGAAAUGCUAAUUUACGCCCAUCUGUACCCUUGUUAAAGAUGGUUUUUCCUUCGAGUCAUAUUGCUGCAGUCGAAGCCAUCUAUAAAUUAUGUUUAUCUUCUAGAGAUGAAGAUUGAAGGCAAUCCCCGUACUCCCCUGAGUUUUACCGAUGUUAAUUUUGAGAUGUUAGACUCUACUGCAAAUGUAUCUGUUAUAUUUCUGCAAAUAUUUAAUCCUAGGGACCUAUUUUUUAUACUAUUUUCCCCAUAUUUGAAGGUUAUUUAUGGAUUUUAAGUCUUUGCGAUGUGUUGUAUUAAUAUAUUGAACGAAUUCAAAAGGUCCCAAAUUUCUGAGUGCAGUGUGCGAGAUAUUUGCAAUACAAAAAGAUUCUAGUAUUGUUACACGGGAUGUUGCAAUACAAAUAGAAAAUUUCCAAAUGAAUAAGCUGUAGUGAUACAAAUAAACAUAUUAUAUUGUAUUGAUAGCUUUUGUAUACAUUUUCUUUUACUUGUAUAUUUUCUGUAUCAAAG